AUGUCGCCGAAAGAGAAUAAAGCCCCAAGAGCCAAGGCUGAUACAGCCGGCACGGUAGAAAACAUCAGACUCGUACGUACAGGAGUGCUAUGUAACGGCGAGCUUGCAACUUACAGCAAAGCCAAAUCGCACAAUCCAAGAAACAAUGCGCCAAACCUUUUACCAAAUGACAUUGACGAAGUCUCCGAUGCGCUUUUUGGCCUCAACGAUUUACAGUUACGACGUCACGCACCAGUCCAUCCGCUCAGCUUAGCCUAUGUUCUUCAGUCUUUGCUUCAUGCUGCCCCAGAGUCUGUCCAAGCCAAAGUCAUCAUACCAGGUCCGACGCUCUCUGACGAGCUUUUUGGUAACACAAGCCAAGAGGAUUUUGAAAUACACAUCUCGAAGAAGUCUAGGACUGCUGGCUCGCAAAAGGCGAAGGACUUUUGGGAAAGUGUUCGACAAAAGGAGUUUAUCUUCUGGCCCGUGCAGAGUGAUGCGGGUGUUUGGUCUACGCUGGUUUUGCACCUCUGUAUCUCAGACGAGGGCAUUGAUUAUGACACGGUCACCGACUUUGCCGUGGUCGAUGCGUCUCGUUCUGCAGAGGGACAAGAACGCGUCUCCCGUGUGGCCUCUCGCGUGGGACAGUUGUUCGGCUGCGGAGAUGUGAACUGGCGUUCUGCCAGACAACAUGAAAUAUGGGUGCCUCCACAGCUCGAGGACUGGGAGGCAGGUAUACGAUGCUUCGAACUCAUUCGUCAGCUACUGUGCCGUGUUACGGACGGAUUUUGUAACGACCGAGCAUUUGACUGGGAUCGAGACUUUGGCCCGCCGACCAGCGGAUGGCUUAAUGUGGACUUCAUCCGCCACGAGAUGAUAGGCAUGGCCCAGGAACGAUGUAACACAAUUCUCAACUAUUCAUGCCGAUACGCUCUUGAGCCUAUCUUGGAGAUACGUCUCGAAGAAGAUAUAAAUCUUCCGCCGGGCUGUCUGGCUCCUAUAGAUGAUGUCAAGCAUGCUUAUAUCCCGGGUACGGAAGUUGCUGUUACAUAUGACGAUCAGAAUCCCGAAAAUGACAGCGAAGACAAUGAAAUGCUCUCAGAGGAAAUGUCUUUGAAUCGCGCCGACACGAACAGCGCAAGACAGCCAGCCGAGGCGGCCGAGUUAUCUCCUAGUGUGGAGGAAUCACAAGCAAAGCGCAUCAAGAUGGAUCAAUAA